AUGGUGCCUUGUACGGUUGGCAAGGUCUUCAAGACGUCCUCCUGUAUUUCCUCCAAGAUCAUGCCCGGUCGCCCAGUCAAGCGACCGGCGGAUGCUGGCGACAAUGGUACAACUGAUGGCGACACUCCCCCUUCUGCUCCCAAGGUGAAGCUGCCACGACUCGAAAAGGGUGGUCAGGAGGACUUUUCGUCUGUUGUAAAGAACCGGCUGUCUUCUUACACAAGGACAGGCCAGGCCUGUGAUAGAUGUAAAGUUAGGAAAAUCCGAUGCGAUGCCCUCCCCGAAGGAUGCUCCCACUGCAUUAAUCAGAACCUCGAUUGCUUCGUUACCGAUCGUGUCACUGGCCGAACCGAGAGACGCGGAUACCUGCAAGAAGUCGAGAGGGAAAAGACGGAUAUGCUGAACCACUUGCGCGAUCUGGAGAAGCUGCUCGAAAGCAAUGGCAUCGAGGUAAAGCCAUGGAACUGGUCGCCCUAUGGCAUGUCCGACCCUCAUCCCGGCGUCACCUAUGACCACAUGGGUAACGCAAUCGAGGACCCAGCCGAGAAGGAUGCUUGGACAAAGGUCGGCUCUGUCUGGGUGAAGAACUACAACUUCAGCAAGCCGACGACCAAUCGCUCCUUUCCCCGAUCCGCCCUUGAAUCGCGUCCUGUUCAUAACCAUCUCGGCGUAAGCUCCGACAGCGCGACGCUCAGCUCGAUAAAGGGUACAAAGCUUUCCAUCCUCGGCACCACGAUAGACGUCACCUCCUUUGACGCCCCUGACAUUGACGAACCCGUGCCGGACGCCAAGGUCUCCCAGCCCCUGUACAACAAGUCUCUUCAAUCCUUCCUGCAGUCAUGCAUGAGCAUCAAUCCGCCAGUUAAUAUCGAACUUCCCUCAAGAAGCGACGCAUUUACCUACUCAGAGUGGUACUUCUUAAUGAUUUGGCCGUUCCUCCCCGUUCUCCAUAAGCCUGCGUUUAUGAACAUUUUGACUCGCAUAUAUGAUGAACCAGAUUUCGAACCAUCUGUGCCCGACCUGGUCAUGGUACACAUGGUCUUUGCCACCAUUUACUUCCAGUACGGUGUGAGAAACUGGGAGCAGCAGGAAACCCGCUCCCAACUUAAUGAGCUGUCCAACAAGCACUACCACUUCGCCCUGAGCAAGAUGUACGACUUGGCGUCGGCGCAGUCCGUCCCCGCCGUUCAGGCCAUGGCCAUGAUUUCUGCCCACACCCGCGCCUUUCCAAAGCCGGGCUGCGGUGCCAUGGUCACCAACUUUGCCUUGCACUGCGCCAUUGAGUUGAACAUGCAUCGUGCCGCCAAGGCUCCAGGCGAGACGACGAACCUGGAGAACGAAAUCCGGAAGCGUACAUGGUGGACCAUCUUGACUGUCUACGUCACUUUGAACGGGCGCCUCGGACGGCCGAUGCCAAUCAAUGUCGAGGACUACGAUGUUGACUUCCCAGAACCCAUCCCGGACGAGGCACUAACGCCGGAGGGUGUCGACGCAGCGGUAACGACACCUUGCACAUACCAUGUUGGCCUGGCCGGUUUCAAAAUUGUGCCUCUCUUCAUAGAGAUGUACUCCAACAUCUACAGCGUCAGGCGCGACCCAAAGAACUACGUCGAUGUUGUUAACGCUCUGGAAGACCAGCUCCGUUUGUGGAAGGAGGGUUUGCCCGAGAACCUGCAAAUCAACAUGUCCGGCCAGUCAGAGCACGAGGGGCGGGUGUAUGCUUUGUACAUUCACAUGUACGCUCUCGAGUUCCGCCUUUGUCUACGACACCCGUCCGUGGCCAUGACGACCGACCGCAAGAUGCUCCUCGAGAACGCCCGCAUCUGCGAAGAGACGGCGGCGCAUAUGUUGGAGACCAUAAAGAGCAUCUGGAAGCUCAAAUCUCUAGACACGACGUGGUAUCAAAUAGCUGUCUAUGGCGCCGCUAUUUUCACGACCCUAGUGGCCCACUGGGAGCGUAGGCUCGAGGCGACCCCUAGCCAGAUUGCUAGUCUACGCGACGACAUGAGGGACUGGAUGGAAAUCAUCAAUGCCACGGUCUCUCUACUAGGAACGGGGUCUGGCAUCAGUAACGAAAUCAAUCUCAUCAUUGAAAGAACCAUUAGUUGGAUCGAGCACGACUCGAAGCACAAGGACUCCUCAUCGCUCGCCCAGACGCAGAUGCAGGCCAUCAAGACCGAUUCAUCGGAGCAAUCGCCUUUCCAACUUUCAGCACAGCCCCAGGCUCCGCAGAACCUAGCUGUUAACGCCAACGAGACGUCCGCGAAGUCCUUCUACCCCGACGCGGCGAGCCAGGAUGGAACCACGCCAUAUCCGUCAUUAGCAUACACCGAACAACCAGCAAAUGGCACACUGGUACCCACGACUGGGUUUGAGGCAAACAGCGGCUAUGCUUACGCACCUUCAGUGCAGACGACCAACGGGACAGACGAUAGCUCAGCCGAGACCAACCCUCUAAUCGUGUUUGCCUCCCAGGCAACCCAGCAUGUGGCGGAUCCCUCGGGGACGGCCGCAGCAGCAGAACUUCUCUGGCGGCAAUCGGCGUCUCAGGGCAACACCUGGCACGACUGGACGGCCGCCAUGGCCGACAGCCAGGACAGGUACAGCGCCAACGCCCUCCUGACGCUGGGCGGCGGGCCAAGGGACCCAGGCGGCGUUACGGAGGCGACGACCGUCGCCGACAUGGCGGCCGUCACGGCUGCGCCAGUGGGCCAAUGGCCGCUUCUUCUCUUUGACGGCGCGGGAACCGCUGGGGCUCAGUAA